GCAUUUCUUUUCCACCCUCUUGGUUGAAUUAAACACUCACCACACAUUCAACUUCCAACUUCAUAUACUAUUUUCUUUUGAAUUCUCACCAUUCAUUCAAUUGGCCCUCAAAGCUCAUUGUAGCUAUGGAUUCAUCAUCAUCAUCAUCAAUGCUACUUCCUUCAUUGAAACCAUACAACCUUAAAAACCCAACAACAACCUUAAUUCAAUCAUCAUGGGCUUCUUCCUCUAAACCCAACACUCUCACUUUAGUUUCCUCAAAACCUCCACUCACCACAAAGUUUCAAUCUUUCUUACUACGUUGCUCCACUAAACCAGACACAAACACAAACAGUGACACUCAUAGUCACAGUCACAGCAAACAAAACAAUCAACCCAAUUCACUUUCCAAACAAUCACAAACACAAAAAGAAAAUGAGCCAUUUUCAUCUUCAUCAGCUUCUUCAGAAUCCUCUUCUACAACUUCUUUGUUUUCAAGAGGGUUGGUUUUUGAUUUGGGGUUCUCAAACUCAUGGGACAGUGAAGAUAUUGGAUCACCGGUAGUGAAAAGGUUUCUGAGUGAUGAAGAAGAGAGAUGGUACAUGUGGUAUCAUGGAAGACCAAAAGGUAAACCUUCAUCUGAUUUAAUAGGUUUGGCAAUUUCGAGCAAUGGUGUUCAUUGGGAACGCGGCGGAGGACCUGCAAGAUCAAGUUCUGAUGUUGGUUUUGUGAUGAAUUGCGGUAAAGAUUGGUGGGGUUUCGAUACUCGCGGAAUUAGGCCUUCUGAAUUGUUAGUCAUGUCUAGUUACAGAGUUAAAGGUUCCAAUGCUGUUUAUUGGCUUUAUUACACCGGAUACGGUUCCGAAUCUGUAGAGUUUUGUGAUCAGUCUUUGGAUUUCAGUUUUGAUAACCCAAUUGGUUUGAAGGAUGAGAAUUUCGGGAAAGGUAAGAUUUUGAAGUCAUUACCUGGUUUAGCUAUUAGUCAAGAUGGUAGACAUUGGGCUAGAAUUGAAGGAGAGCAUCAUAGUGGAGCAUUGAUGGAUGUUGGUAAAGAGAAAGAUUGGGAUUCAUUGUUUAUUUCAUCCCCACAAGUUGUUUAUCAUGGAAAUGGUGAUUUAAGGAUGUAUUAUCAUUCAUUUGACAAGGAAAAGGGUGAGUUUUGUGUUGGGGUGGCUAGGUCAAGAGAUGGAAUUAGGUGGUUGAAGUUAGGGAAAAUAAUGGGUGGAGGUAAAGUUGGUUCUUUUGAUGAGCUUGGAGUGAUGAAUGCUUGUGUGACAAGGAACAAGAGUGGUGGGAACUAUGUGAUGGUUUAUGAAGGUUUGGGUGUUGAUGGAAGGAAGUGUAUUGGUGUGGCAAUUUCACCUGAUGGGUUGAUGGAAUGGGUUAGGGUUCAAGAUGAGGCUAUUUUGAUGCCAUCAGAUGAAGGUUGUUGGGAUGAUAAAGAUGUUGGGUCACCUUGUUUGGUUUAUAUGGAUAAUGAAGAGAAUGAAUGGAGAUUGUAUUAUAGAGGUGUUGGUAAUGGAGGUAGAGUUGGAAUUGGAAUGGCUGUUUCUGAUGGGAAAGGUUUUAGAAGUUUUAGAAGAUGGACUGGUUUUCAUGUUUAAAAAUAAAUCGGAUAUUGUCGAGGGCAAUUGCAAUUGUAAAAGAUUAAUUUUUCAAGUCAGAGAAGACCAUAACGAGCAGCAAAUCUUUCCCUCAAAAAAUUUAACAUUUAUGUGUGUCUAGUGUUUAGUUUGAACUUAGAUCUCUGGUUAAGCCGGAAAAAUUGGAAUUGGAAUGACUAUUUCUAAAGAAAAAGAUAUUAGGAGUUUCAAAAAAAUGGACUGGUUUUCAAUGUUUAAGCUAGAUAUAUGUCAUGUUCUGUUAUCAAUUAUUUACUUUUUUUUAAGAAUAUAGUGUCUCCAUUCUUCAUGAA